AUGGCCGAAGCGCCCCAGGUGGUGGAGAUUGACCCGGACUUCGAGCCGCUGCCGCGGCCGCGCUCGUGCACCUGGCCGCUGCCCAGGCCGGAGUUCAGCCAGCCCAGCUCGGCCACCUCCAGCCCGGCGCCGUCGGGCGGCGCGGCCGCCAACUCCGACGCCGCCGCCGGCCUGCCCUCGGCGGCCGCUGUCAGCGCCGACUUCAUGGGCAGCCUGAGCCUGCUGGAGGAGCGCGGGGACUUCCCGCCCGCGCCCGGCUCCGUGGCGGCGGCCGCGGCGGCGGCGGCGGCGGUGGCGGCGGCGGCCGCGGCUGCCGCCACCGGGGGGCUGUGCGGGGACUUCCAGGGCCCCGAGGCGGGCUGCCUGCACCCGGCGCCGCCGCAGCCCCCGCCCGCCGGGCCGCUGGCGCAGCACCCGCCCGUGCCCCCCGCCGCGGCCGGGCCGCUGGCCGGGCAGCCGCGCAAGAGCAGCUCGUCCCGGCGCAACGCGUGGGGCAACUUGUCCUACGCCGACCUCAUCACCAAGGCCAUCGAGAGCUCGGCCGAGAAGCGGCUCACGCUGUCGCAGAUCUACGAGUGGAUGGUCAAGAGCGUGCCCUACUUCAAGGAUAAGGGCGACAGCAACAGUUCGGCGGGCUGGAAGAAUUCAAUUCGUCAUAAUCUGUCUCUGCACAGCAAGUUCAUCCGUGUGCAGAAUGAAGGAACUGGAAAAAGCUCUUGGUGGAUGCUCAACCCAGAAGGAGGCAAGAGUGGAAAAUCCCCCAGAAGAAGAGCUGCGUCCAUGGACAACAACAGUAAAUUCUCCAAGAGCCGAGGUCGAGCCGCCAAGAAAAAAGCAUCCCUCCAGUCUGGUCCAGAGGGUGCCGGAGACAGCCCGGGGUCUCAAUUCUCUAAGUGGCCUGCCAGCCCUGGCUCUCACAGCAAUGACGACUUUGAUAACUGGAAUACAUUUCGCCCUCGAACUAGCUCAAAUGCUAGUACUAUUAGUGGGAGACUCUCUCCCAUUAUGACUGAACAGGAUGAUCUUGGAGAUGGUGACGUGCAUUCAAUGGUGUACCCACCCUCCGCUGCAAAGAUGGCUUCUACUCUGCCCAGUCUGUCAGAGAUAAGCAAUCCUGAAAACAUGGAAAACCUUUUGGAUAAUCUCAACCUCCUGUCAUCACCACCGUCAUUAACUGUUUCAACCCAGUCUUCACCUGGUGCCAUGAUGCAGCAGACACCGUGCUACUCGUUUGCACCGCCAAACACCAGCCUGAAUUCACCCAGUCCAAACUACCAAAAAUAUACCUAUGGCCAAUCCAGCAUGAGCCCCUUGCCCCAGAUGUCAAUGCAAACCCUUCAGGACAAUAAAUCGAGCUAUGGAGGAAUAAGUCAGUAUAAUUGUGCACCAGGACUCUUGAAGGAGUUACUUACUUCUGACUCUCCUCCCCAUAAUGACAUUAUGGCACCAGUUGAUCCUGGGGUGGCUCAACCUAACAGUAGGGUCCUGGGCCAAAAUGUAUUGAUGGGCCCUAAUUCGGUCAUGCCAAACUAUGGCAGCCAGGCAUCUCAUAACAAAAUGCUGACUCCCAGCUCCCAUUCCCACCCUGGGCAUGCCCAGCCAACCUCUGUAGUUAAUGGGCGUGCCUUGCCCCACGCAGUGAACACCAUGCCCCACACCUCGGGUAUGAGCCGCCUGGCCCCAGUGAAGACGACUUUGCCAGGGCCUCCGCCUCACCCCAUGCAGAUGAACGCCCUUGGGGGCUACUCCUCCAUGAGCAGCUGCAACGGCUACGGCAGGAUGGGCAUCCUCCACCAGGAGAAGCUCCCGAGUGACUUGGACGGCAUGUUUAUUGAGCGCCUGGACUGUGACAUGGAGUCCAUCAUUCGGAAUGACCUCAUGGAUGGAGAUACUUUGGAUUUUAAUUUUGACAAUGUGUUGCCUAACCAAAGCUUCCCGCAUAGUGUCAAGACGACAACACAUAGCUGGGUGUCAGGCUGA